AUGUUCUGGCAGUUCUUGCGCAUUCAGCGUAGGAAGACCGGCAGCACAGCAGCUGAGGGCGCAGCCGAGCCUGACUCGGGGCUGACCGAGCUCCAGGCAGAGCCCGAUGGCAGCCCAGAUUCAGCUGAGCGCUCAGAAGACGCUGAGACCUCAGAGACUGAAACCUGGGCAAAGGCUCUUCUCACAUCAAUGACUGAGGACGUGGCCAUCACAAACAACGACAAUGAAGAGACUCAGGGCAUCACAACUACUGACACCAGCCCAGAUUCACUGGAGCACUCAGAAGACUCUGAGGCUGCAAUGAACGAUCACAGGGCAAAAGCUGACAUGGCAGUGACUGAGGAUGUGGCCAUCACAAACGCCAACAGCGUAGAGACUCAGGGCCUUGCAAAUACUGACACCACGCCCACUCCCACUCUGAGUCAGGAACUCAUAUUUGACUAUUUCAAGGAGCCUUGUGUUUCUUCUCACCAGCAGCAGCAGGUGCCAGCCAAGGUGAAGAACAUCCACCAGAGUCUCAUGUCCCACGUCUCUGUGGAUGCCAGGCUGCAAACGGACAUUGUGAGGCUGGCAGAAGAACACCCUGCUGACGUGGUGCUGACCCUCCUGCGCUGUGCCCCAACGUGUGACAGAGCUGCUGCAAUGAUGUGGAGAGCCAUAGGCUCAUCGGGACCAGCACUGGAGAAAGCGCUGCCAACACUGCUCUGUGUGAUGGAGGACUGGCCUCUGCACAGAAUGUGCACCUCCGAUGGGGACAACAAGGACCUUUUUGCCCUGGCUGCAACUCUGGUGAUCUGGGUGAUUGUGCCUGAGUGCAACAAGGCCAUGAUCCCUUAUUCUGGGCAACUGUUUGUGGCUCUGCUCUCCCAUGUUGUCAUCACCACACAGCAGAUGCCACCAGAGGAAGUUGAUAACUUCUGGAGUGCAUGCCAGGCGAAACACCGCCUUCCCUACGAGCCCAACAGGUUUGCAGUGCAGGCCAUGAAGGAUCUGCUCUGCCGACUGCAGUGUGACCAUGUGGUGGUGGCUAUGGAGCGCAAGGGGUGCUGGGACAUGAUGCUGUGUGCUCACACCCAGCACUAUGCCGUGGGUCUGCUGGCCAGGGAGAUGUGCAAUGUCUUGGUCCCCUUCUGUUCCUGCAUCACGCUCCACUUGCUCCGGCAGCUCAGCAGGGAGGAGCCGUGCUGGGAUCUGCCCUUCCUGGCAUUCCUUGUGGAGGUCCUCGAGCGCCUGGACAUGAGUAAAUGUGGUGGCAGCGUCCUGAAGAUCAUGUCAAGGUACCUCCGGAGUGAAUGCAGUCAGAGGCGUCGCCUGGCGCUCAGAGGCCUCGUGGUGCUCAGCAAGGAUCCCUCGAUGGCCAGAAGAAUGUGCAGCGUGUCUCAAAGCCUUCUGCAGCUGCUGGGGGAUGAAGAUAGAGAGGUGGUCAGCAUGAGCCUCCGUGUGUUCACAAAUGUGCUCCAGCACAAAGACAUCCUGGUAUCCAGCACCACUGCCCCGAAGCUGGCUGAGGCUCUCCUGCUGCUCUUUGACCACGACAACAGCCAUGUGCAGUUGCUCUCCAUUCAACUCUUCUGUAAGGUGAUGGACUUGGUAGUGGAUGAGGGAAAAAAGUCCCUGAAGACAAUUGUGAACAAGAGCCUGGACACACUUUUCAUCUACUGUCAUGAUGAGAACUGGCACGUGGCAAAGGCCUCUCGGGAAACGCUGCAUUGUGCAGCCAAGUUUCUGAAGAGGAGAAAUCUCAAACAGCUCCUGGAGAAGGAGCAUCUGUGGAAGUUUGCUGAGGUCCUGUUUUGGUAG